AUGUCUGUUAGUGAAAAAGUUUCUCUUUCGGAUGCUUUGAGCAAUGUUGAUGUUUUGGACGAGCUUACAUUACCAGAUGAGCAGCCAUGCAUUGAAGCAGCACCAUGCUCUAUUCUUUAUCAAGCCAAUUUUGACACCAACUUUGAAGAUCGCAAUGGCUUUGUCACGGGGAUUGCUAAAUAUAUUGAGGAGGCAACUAUACAUGCCAACUUGAAUGAAUUACUAGAAGAAGGGAAUGCCCAUGCAGUAAUGUUGUACACCUGGCGAUGCUGCAGCCGAGCUAUACCUCAGCCCAGGUCUAAUGAACAACCAGAUCGAGUGCACAUAUAUGAACGUACUGUUCAAGUUUUGGCUCCAGAAGUGGAUAAACUACUGCAGUUUAUGUACUUUCAGCGUAAAGCGAUUGAGAGAUUUUGUGGCGAGGUAAGGCGUCUUUGUCAUGCUGAAAAAAGACGAGAUUUUGUAUCUGAAGCAUAUUUGUUGACAUUGGGGAAAUUUGUUAAUAUGUUUGCUGUACUGGACGAGUUGAAGAAUAUGAAAAGUUCAGUUAAAAAUGAUUAUUCUACAUACAGAAGAGCGGCCCAGUUCCUUAAAGUUAUGUCUGACAGCCAAAGUUUACAAGAGUCUCAAAAUCUAUCUAUGUUCCUAGCAACACAAAACAAAAUCAGAGAUACGGUGAAAGACGCUUUGGAGAAGAUUAAUGGCUAUGAAGAUCUGCUCUGUGAUGUAGUUAACAUUUGUGUGCAUAUGUUUGAGACAAAAAUGUAUUUGACACCAUCGGAGAAACAUAUGCUUGUGAAGGUUAUGGGUUUUGGUCUUUUCCUAAUGGAUUCGGAAGUAUGUAAUAUCAACAGACUGGAUCAGAAGAAAAAGAUACGUCUUGAUCGAAUUGACAGGAUUUUUAAGAAUUUGGAAGUGGUACCACUAUUUGGUGAUAUGCAAAUCGCACCUUUCAACUAUAUCAAGAGAUCGAAACACUAUGAUCCUAGCAAAUGGCCACUGUCUUCGAACCUGAACCCGUUGUCUCCUCAAGCUGACCUGAUGGUACACCUGCCUCAGAUAAGAGAAGAGCAUCAGAAUUACAUUUCGGAGUUGGCCAGAUACAGCAAUGAGGUGACGACGACGUUCAAAGAAGCCGGUUCGGAUAACGAGAACAAAGCGGUCACAGAAUUGUGUCUGCGUGGACUUCAGCUGCUGUCGUCUUGGUGUUCUGUUCUCACGGAGUUGUGCUCGUGGAAGUUGUUGCAUCCAACUGAUCACACCACCAACAGUAGAUGUCCACCUGAUGCUGAAGAGUAUGAGAGGGCAACUCGCUACAACUAUACGUCAGAGGAGAAAUUCGCGAUGAUCGAAGUGAUUGCCAUGAUCAAAGGCCUGCAAGUGCUGAUGUCUCGAAUGGAGACGGUGUUUGCUGAUGCGGCACGUAGAGCCAUUUAUGCUGAACUACAGGAUUUCGUUCAGCUCAUACUUCGGGAACCGCUGAGGAAAGCGAUUAAGAAUAAAAAGGAUUUAAUACGAAGUAUCAUAGUUUCGGUUCGAGAAACGUGCGGGGACUGGGCUAGAGGUUGUGAGCCCCAACAGGACCCAGCACUGCGUGGAAAGAAGGACGGCGAAGCUAGUUUCACUAUCAAAGUGCCAAGGCGAAAUGUUGGGCCAUCAACAACCCAACUAUACAUGGUGCGCACGCAACUAGAAGCGCUGAUAUCGGACAAAUCGGGGGGCCGACGUACACUGCGAAAGGAUUUGGACGCGACCACUCUUGUGCAGAUUGAAACGUUUCAUAGACAGAGCUUCUAUUGGACGUACAUGUUGAAUUUGGCUGAUUCCCUUCAGAAAUGCUGUGAUCUCUCUCAGUUGUGGUAUCGUGAGUUCUAUCUUGAAAUGACCAUGGGCAGGAAGGUCAAUAAAUGCACAGUACGCCACCAGCACAACGAAGAGUGCAACGAUUUAGUCACAAUGGAGAAACGGAUUCAGUUCCCGAUCGAAAUGUCAAUGCCGUGGAUUUUGACGGAUCACAUAUUGAGAAGCAAGGAGCCGGCUAUGAUGGAAUAUGUGCUAUAUCCGCUUGACCUAUACAACGAUUCGGCCCAAUACGCGCUCACAGUGUUCCGGAAACAGUUCUUGUAUGAUGAAGUGGAAGCCGAAGUGAAUCUGUGCUUCGAUCAGUUCGUCUAUAAAUUGUCUGAGCUUGUCUAUGCUCAUUAUAAGCAGUUGGCUUCGAGUAUGUUACUGGACAAACGGUACCGUGGCGAGUGCGCAGCGCGUGGGGCGAGUACGGGGUGCGGGGCGGGGCGGUACGCGUCACUCCUACGGCAGCGACAUGUCGCGUUGCUCGGCCGACAUGUCGAUCUCUGUGCAUUGGUAGCACAAAGAAUAAAUGCGGAUAUGCAUCGCGCGUUGGACGCGGCGGUUGCCAAAUUUGAGGCUGGCGAUAUAACUGGUGUUGUCGAAUUAGAGGGUCUGAUAGCCGUGAACCGACUCUGCCACAAGCUCCUAAGUCGAUAUCUAACAUUGGACGAGUUCGAUGCCAUUCUCCGAGAAUCUGACCAUGGCGUACUGGCUCCAUAUGGAAGAGUCACACUGCACGUCUUCUGGGAGCUCAAUUAUGACUUCUUGCCAAAUUAUUGCUACAAUGCCGCGACCGAUCGAUUCGUUAAAUGCCGUGGUAUCCAAUUCGCUCCCGCGGCGCAAAGAGAGAAGCCACAGCAGUUUGGACAUGCCAUGCUUUGGGGGUCCAAACAACUCAGCUUGGCUUAUUCAGCGCAGUACGCACAGUAUAACGGUUUCGUCGGUGCUCAACACUUGCACGCGCUGGUCCGUCUCCUGGGCUACCAAGGAGUGGCUGUUGUGGUGUCGGAACUUCUGGGUGUGGCUCGGGGUCUCCUUCAUGGGACUCUUGCGCAGUUCACACGAGCAUUGGCGGCUGCUAUGCCAAGGCACUGCAAGCUGCCGAGAUAUGAUUAUGGAUCUAAUGGCGUGCUGGGCUACUACCACGCCCAAUUGACAGACAUAGUGCAGUACCCCGAUGCAAGAACGGAACUGUUCCACGCGUUCCGUGAACUUGGAAACAUUAUUCUCUUCUGUAUGCUGAUUGAACAGGCUCUCAGCCAAGAGGAAGUGACUGACCUCCUUCAUGCUGCUCCAUUCCAGAAUAUUCUUCCAAGGCCAUACACAGCAGAGGGAGAAAAACCAGAGACAAAACAGAAGCGGCUAGAAGCGAAAUACGCAGCAUUGCAAAUUGUUCAGAAUGUCGAGAAAUAUGGGACGGCUAAGCAAAGCCAACUAUCCCGCGAGGGCGAUCUUUUAACCCGCGAGCGAUUGUGUUGCGGCCUAUCGCUGUUCUCCGUUGUGUUGCGGCGCUUGAGGGCCAGCCUCACCGCUCCGCAGUGGCCGGCCCCGCCCUCGCCGCAUCAUGCCCCGCUGCACACAGAUGACACCAGCGAGUUUCAUAGAUUGUGGUCCGCUCUACAAUUCCUCUAUUGUAUACCCGUUGGUGACACGCAGUUUACUGUCGAAGAGCUCUUCGGGGAAGGUCUUCACUGGGCCGGUUGCACCAUCAUGGCUCUCUUGGGUCAGCAGAGGCGGUUCGAAGCUCUGGACUUCUGCUAUCACAUCCUGAGGGUUCAGAGGGUGGAUGGGAAGGAUGAUGUGGUCAAGGGAAUUCCUCUGAAACGUAUGGUGGACCGAAUUCGGCGCUUCCAAGUGCUGAACUCGCAGAUCUUCAGCGUCCUCUCGAGGCACCUGGCGGCUGCAGAUGACGACAGAGCUGGAGUGGAACACGUCAGGUGCUUCCCACCACCGUCUACUAGCCAUCACACAAUCAACUAG